ACGCACACACUCUCCCUGUUUCUCACAUACGGAGGAGAGAAGGACAGAGAGGGAGGCAAGAGUGGAGAGACGCGGAGCAGAGGGGAAAGCGCACGGAGAGAUCAGCGGAGAAAUGCCCGCUGGACGGAUGGAUUUUAUUCUCCCUGAGCUGAACGAGCCUUUGUAAGACAACAUGGGCUGCAUUGGAUCCCGGACGAUCACAGCAGACGCGGUGCCGGUACGGAAAGAUGGGGAUCAGCAUGGCCGUACCGAGUUUUCCUGGGAAGGAAUCAAUUUGUCUAUGGAGGAUACUACUUCCAUUCUGCCUCGACUCAAGAGGAAGUCCACCAACUCCUACGGGAUUGGUGCCCUGGCUAAGUCCUCUCUGACAGGUGUGUCAGGUGUGACACGGUCAAUGAAGGACAAGGUGACCAAACCCACUGCCAUGGCCCAGGGUCGGGUUGCCCACAUGAUUGAGUGGCAGAGCUGGGGCAAACCGUCGGCGGGGCCGCUCGGGGUCACAGGGCGUGCCAACCUGCAGCGGGAAAAGGAGAGGAGGUUGGAAAACGAUGCUUACAGCGAUCUCAGUGAUGGCGAGAAGGAGGCUCGCUUUGCAGCAGGUAUUAUGCAGCAGUUUGCCAUCUCUGAGGCGACUCUGUUUGGCUGGAACUCGAUGGAUGGAGACAGCAUGGGAGCUGGCUCGAACCAGGGCAGCGUCGCUCACCUGAGCGAGGUCAACCAGGAGAGUAUUACCAGCAGAGACCAGGUGCUCCAUCACUCCUCUGCAGAUGUCUGGCCUCACACGUACGUCUCACAGGGCCUGUACUGCCUGUCUUCCUCUGAUGCUUGGGACCCAAUCACCAGCCAGCCCUCGGGCGUGGUUUCACCUGCCGCAGGCUCCUACAUCAUGGCUGGCGGUGGUGGUAGUGGAGCAGGAGGUACCCCUGGAGAUGGGUAUGAGGGAACGGUUAGCGGUUACCUUCAGCAGCACCAGGCUCAACUUGCACUGCAGCAACAAAGUCAACUCCAGCAGCUACAUCUUCAUCACUACCAGCAGCAACAGUUUCUGCAGUACCAACAACAACAGUCUUUGGAGCACAGGCUACACAGUGGCUCCCCUUCCCUCCAAGUCACUCCUAACAGCACCAUUCACAGCCUUGGCCCUCCCACUCACCCCCGGCUAGCGGACCUGUGGGGGGCUGCGCAGGUAGAGGCCCAUCAGGUGGAGAUCGUUGGUCAGCUGAGUGGUCAGAUGCUUGACAUGGUUGGAGGGGUUGUAGAGACGGUCGGGGAGGAACCGGAACCUGAAUCUGAAGGGAUUCUGGAGCAACAUGAAGAGGAAGAACUGACAAGGGUAGAGGAGAUAACACUGACCUUAGAGCCAGAGCCAUGCUCUUUAACACCAUCCCCGCUCAGGGAGGAAGCCCCAACGACAAGAGGUUCAAGCCCAGGAACACCAGCGCAACCUGCAGAACCCAUUCCAGAGAGGAUACCUUACGAUGUCACCCCUUGCGUCGUCCAAUCGUUCGAAGAGAAAGACGAGGAGGCGGAAGAGGGCUCCAUUGUUGUCGUUGCAACAAACUGAGUCACACGGCCACAAAAAGACUAAGACUUCAAUAAUUAAUCAAGCUACUACCCCAUCCCUUCCUUCCUUCUCUCAAAUAUUUAUCUUUCUAAACCUGAGUAAACGCUACUUCAGCUGGAAAUGAUGGAUGUAAUGUAUACAAACUAGAUGCCAUCAACCCCCAGCCUCCCAGUUUAGCAUCAAAAAAGUGGACCUUAACAAGACUAUGAACAAGUAAUAUUAAAGGACGGAAGGGACAAGAAGUCUUACUCUGCUGGAACACAGAAACUGAAGAUAUGAGGAAUUACUAAUGUUUGGGCCAAUCAGACUGACGUGCCAGGACUGGAAACCAAAUAGGGGAUAAAAGGAUGGAUGCAAAACUCCCCAAAACAGAGAGAUAAAACUGAGAGAUGAAUACAAGGGCAAAUAAAAAUAAAUAAAAAAAACAUCUGUGCAAUACAAUAAUUAUGGAUACAAAAAUGGGUUGUUCAAUAAUUCAGAGUUUGGUUCCUGUUGUUUCUUGGAGCAACAGAAGUCUCAGAGAGACUGCUGGAGAGCUGUUUGGUUUGCUAAUUGAUGCAUUUUGGUUGGACUGCAUUCCUGCUUAAUGCAAAGUGGAGACUCAAACCUCAGAGCAACCUGGGGCGUGCACUUUGAGUUAUUUGCAAAUACACCAUCUGACCACAACCAAAAAAUGCAUGCUUUUUAACAGUGACCUAGCCCUAACAGUAUAACGCAGUAUAAAAGUAAUAAUAUAACAAAUUGUUUUUUUUACAAUAAAAGGGAAAAAAAACAAUAAACUGAUAUGUAUCUGUAUGAAUGUAAGACUGUAUGUAUGUGUGUAUGAAUGUAGCUGCUUUGUGUGUAAAAUAUAUAUUCUGGGAAACAAACUCAUAUCAGUGCUGGUUAUUUUAAGCACGUUCUGCACAAUGACAAAACAUUACAGCUUCAUAUCAGACAAAGGAAAAGCAACAGGAAUUUUGUUUGUAUCAGUAAAAUAUUUCUUAACAGCCAACUAUUUUUACCAUAAAAUAAUCGCACACUGAAAAGUGACAGAAUUUGAAUAGUGAUGCUAGUGCUGAAUAUUAUGAUGGAAAUAUUGAUCACCACCCAUCUCUGGACUGGUUACUUUCAUUAUGACAUCCUCUCCAUUCCUUGUGGGGCAUGGCAUCUUCUUGGCUACUAAAAGUGCACACAUGUCAGAUUCAUGUUGCAAGGAUAACUCCUAUAUGAUAAACUGUGCAACUAUAAAAUCUAUCAAACCUUGUAGUACACAGUUGUGAUAUUGUAAACAAAAGGAUCAUUUAUUUUCUGACCAAUUACACAUUUUACCAUCUUCACCAAUUGUCUCUGUUUGUAGAGAUAAUGCAAAAUGUAAAGGUUUUGUCGGCUUUCUGAUUCAUUUCUUAGGAGUGAAAUUAAUAAUAAAGCAGGUCCUCCUUAGCACCACAGAAAAAAAUCCUGAAGCUGUUCCACUCGGCACAUUUGCCUCAUUCAUUAACCUAAAUAUUUUCUUGCUUUGUGAAGGCAGUAUAGUCCUUGUCUGGUUGAUCAUUUUGAAUGCUUUAGCUUUGCAAAAUCCAUAUAGGUUCAAGCUAAAAUAUUUACUUAAAAAUUCUACCUGGAUUUCUUUUACAUAUGAGAGAAUUUACUUUAAAAGUAUGAAUCCAUGAAUGUGAACAAAUAGUAAAGAAAAAGCCAAAGCAACAUGUGACUUUCAUUUCAUUCUUAGUCUCCAGAGAUCAAGACCCUGAAGCCCCUAAUUGCUCUUAUAAUCAUCUGCCCUCUUCUUGUCUUCAUGUUGUAUCAAGAUCUUCUCCUGUGAGCUGCUCUAAAGCUCAACUACAGAAGUGACACUUAGAUAAUGACACGGAAAUAGGGAAUAUAAAACGGUAAAAUUCACCAACUCAUUUCCAAUAAAGUGAAAGAUAAAAAAGACUUUUAAUAGAGAUCUGUUAUGUGUUAUGUCCACAGAAAGUAAGAUAUUUUAAAAUGUCAUUAAAAAACCCACUGAAUGAAUAUGAAACUGAAAAAUAUCACUCAUUUUCUGUUAUAUUCAGUAACUCAAGGUGGCAAGAACAAGAAAAAAAAUGUUUUAGUAAUGAUGGUUUAUACAUACAAGAACUUAGAUGCAAGCACUUAAAAGUUAAGAUUCAGUGAAGGCAAAAUAAAUUCCAAAUAUACAUUCAAAUAAAGCUUUAUUAAUCUACUAUUUUGCAGUUAUAUGAACAUCUGGAAAACAUUUGAAUCUGCAGAAACACCAAAAAAUACAUAAGUAAAUAAAUAAAUAUUAUUACCC